AGUCCUGUCAUAGCGGCCCGAUACCAUCAUUUCCUCGUAAACGCUCGUGUUCGCAGGUAGAGCCCUAGUAAUUUUGUCGCCAUUUUUAGCUUCAAGCCAGCUAAGACAGCAGAAAAGCGGGCGUUUCUGCUUAAAAUUGUUUCAGUGCAUCAACAAUUGUCGAAGUUUCGCAAGUGUGAGCGCUUUUCCCAAUACUUCCCAGUGCCAGUUGUGUGUGCCGGUGACGCGUGCGUGUAGGGGAGCGCGCGCGCUUGUGUGUGUUUGUCAGUGUGUGUGCGUGUGUAUGCGUGCGUGCGUGUCUCUAGCAAAGCCCCGCGUUUUUAUGUCCAUCUUUCCUUCUAAUUCGGGUUCCUGGUGCACGGUGGUUGCCGGCAUAGAGAGCGUUGAUUUGAGCGAGUGCGUGCGUCUUCCUCGGAAAUAAGCGGAAGCAAGCACCACUGUCAGUAGGAUUUGUGCGUGAGUACGUUUGUGUGUAUGUGUGUGUGUGCCUGAGUGUACAUGUGCAUGUGCGGGAUCGUGAGUUGGUUGCGUUCCAUUUGACAUGUCUCUUGACAUGUUCGGUGCUGUCCCAUGUUCGAUGUAACGCGAUAGUUCGCCUACGAUAGACAAAAGACGGAGCGAGAAACGAAACAGGAGACAGUCAUAUCACACAAUUCAACAACCCCCCACAUCCAGCAAUCAACAAGCGUCACGGAUUCGUUGAAAAAAACGGCCGCCACAACUAGCAACUGCCUGAAUCCAUUUCCCUUCGUGCCGGGAGGCGAGAAAGAGAACGGAAGAGAUAGGGACAAGUAGGGAGCGAGAUCGAGAGCGAGAUUGCGUGAGUGAGAAGGAAGAGUCUGGUGCGUGUGGUGCGGCUGUGGUGGGUUAGAAAAUGUCGUACAUGGGCAAAGUUUCGUCGCCCCGCCGUACGGAACAGCGCUCGCAGGAGGACGACGACUGCGAGGAGGAGGACGAGGUGACGCCAACGGGACGGAGCGGCCGUCCGGUGCUCGCCGCCACCAUGGAGGAAGAAGACAGCGAUCGUAGUAAUUCUCGAAACCACACCAACACUAUCAACAGCAGCACAACGAGCGAACAGGAUCAGUCACUCGUCGGCAAAAUUGCCUCGAACUUCCUGUCCAACCUGUCGAAGCUGGUGCGCAAUGCCAAGGAGAAGAUAGUGUCGCCAAAGCAGGACAGAAACAAGAGAAGCCUCGAGGCGGACCUAUCCGGCAGGCAGGCCCGCGAACAGCUGGCAGCAGAACCGCGGAAGCGACCGCGCUCUUCCAUCGUGGACAAGGAGGAGGAGGAAGAAGAGGGGGAGGAUGAAGAGGACCAGGACAGGGCAGAGCGGGCAGUGAUGGAGCAGGAGCAGGAGGAGUAUGCGGAUGAGAAUGAUGAGGAGCAGGUACCCGCGGCCCAACGGAACGCCCGUACUUACGAGACGGUUACGAAACGGCGCCGGCUGCACGAGGUCGAACCGUCGGUGGCUGCCGCUCCAUUGCCCCGCAGCACGAUCGGGAUGCGGGCCAGCCGGGCACCGGUCCGUUCCUCGAAACACACCCAGACCGAUCGGUUCGAUCGAUUUGUCGCGCAAACGGGCAGGAUGGAGCGUGCCACGUCCAUGGUCGGGCAGUACCGAAACACGCGCAACGAUGGUCGGCCCAGUGGGCGCACUUCCCUGUUCGGGCGGCCUGCGUCGGUGGCAUCGUCGGACAGCGUGUUCCGCCCGUACUCAAUCCAUUCCACCCAGCCGUCGGCAACGGUUGCGUCGGGAGCGGAACCGGAGGACGGCGCGGCGGGCGAGCCAGCCAGACCGUUCGCUGCGUACAAGUUUGGACAGGGGCUUGCCGAUGCGUCAGGCCGCAUGACGAGCUUUCUGGGCAACGCGCACUACCGGCAGCGGAUGGAGAGCCUGCAGCGCGGAGCGGUCCCGAAGGCGUUCUUCUCGUCCCACGACGAGCCGGCCAAGAGCCUCUACUCGAGCGGAUCCGAAUCGAGCGUCUCCUCCCGACGGCCCUCCUUCAACCGGACCCUGUUCGGGUCCGUCUCCUCGCUCAGCAGCGGCCGCAUACCGCCCGAGUACGGUGGGUCACCGUUCUACGACGGCCUGACGCGGUACGGUGGUGCGUCGGCCGCGCGCACCCUCGCCACCAAUGUGAUGGUGCAGCGGUCGGCGCAGCCGUCCAAUUCAACGCUGGUCGUACGGCAAGACGCGGCCUCCGGCUCGGGCAGACGGCGAGAAGCGGGUCCGGAACCUCCGAAAGCGCCCGAAAUCUCGUCGACCUCGCAGCGCAUGAGGCACAUCUUGGACACGUUUUCGACGAACAAGAAAAAUGGCCAGCCAAUACCGGAGCAAUUCCUGAGCAAUUCGAGCCUGGGGCGGGAACUGGACGAGCUGAUCGGCCGUUCGAAGCAGACGAACCGUAUUGCCUACCCGUACCCGGACGUGCACAGCCCGCGCAUACCGGAGAUGUUGCAGAUCAUGCGCGAGCAGAAGUCGGCGUCCAUCCUGAACGAACCGGUGAAGUAUGUUCCACGGCCGCCGGCCGUACCCCUAAUGGAGUACAACGUACCGCUGCUGCCCGCUGACCGGCCAGCAAGUCCGAGUGAGCGGCGAACCCUGGCCACCGAGACCCGCCCGAGCGUGGAAGCGUCCAAGGCGCCGGAAGAGCCGAAGCAGCAACUAGCCCCAUUACCUAACCCCGAGCAGCUUCGCGGUCUGCCGCGAUUUAGAUGGAAUCCCCUGUCGUCGCAGCCGAUCACAGCGGAGGUGAAGCGAAAGGCGGUAAAUGGAAAUGAAACCACUCUAACGCAUAAUAAGCAGGAGCAGCUGGUGGGUGCAGAGGGCGAGCGCGAGACAGAGCAGCAAGAGCAGUGUGAAGAAGCAGAGGAAGAGCACGGAGAGAACGAAGAGGAGGAUGGGGACGAGACGGAUAUGAUGGAGCAGGAAAACGCCGGACAGCAGCUGUGCCGGUCCAGCACGCCGAUUGAAGGUGUGCAGCAGUUUACCUUUGCGUCGCCUAUUGCGCUGGGUGAACCGCUGGAGCUGGAGUUUAACCCGUCGGCUACGAUUACGUUCACGUUUGCUUCGCCGGCACGCUGUUUAGACCAAGAUCUCGAACCGAAGGCUCGCUCGUUCCAGGAACUGAUGGCCGAAUCCGCCGGCAAAUGGGUGUGUGACAUGUGCAUGAUUCGGAACGAGCCUGAGCGGCAAAAGUGCAUGGCGUGCGAAAGUGCGAAACCAGCAAAGAAGCCAGUACAGCAGCAGCAGCAGCAGCAGCAACCUUUAACAAGCACCACGCAGCCUGCUCCCUCGUUCCAGGAACUAAUGGCCGAAUCCGCCGGCAAAUGGGUGUGUGACAUGUGCAUGAUCCGGAACGAGCCCGACCAGCAAAAGUGCAUGGCGUGCGAAAGUGCGAAGCCAGCGAAGAAGACAGAACAGCAGCAGCAACCUCCCGCGACAAAUUCUACUCACGACAGUGAACCGCAUACGCCGAGCGAUUGGAAGUUGUGGCUUGCGAUGAAGAAGCCAGUACAGCAGCAGCAGCAACCUUCAACAAGCACCACGCAGCCUGCUCGCUCGUUCCAGGAACUGAUGGCCGAAUCCGCCGGCAAAUGGGUGUGUGACAUGUGCAUGAUCCGGAACGAGCCCGACCAGCAAAAGUGUAUGGCGUGCGAAAGUGCGAAGCCAGCGAAGAAACCUGAAGAACAACAGCAGCAACCUCCCGCGAAAAAUUCUACUCACGACAGUGAACCGCAUACGCCGAGCGAUUGGAAGUUGUGGCUUGCGAUGAAGAAGCCAGAACAGCAGCAGCAGCAGCAGCAACCUUUAACAAGCACCACGCAGCCUGCUCGCUCGUUCCAGGAACUGAUGGCCGAAUCCGCCGGCAAAUGGGUGUGUGACAUGUGCAUGAUCCGGAACGAGCCCGACCAGCAAAAGUGCAUGGCAUGCGAAAGUACGAAGCCAGCGAAGAAGCCAGAACAGCAGCAGCAGCAGCAGCAGCAGCAACCUUUAACAAGCACUACGCAGCCUGCUCGCUCGUUCCAGGAACUGAUGGCCGAAUCCGCCGGCAAAUGGGUGUGUGACAUGUGCAUGAUCCGGAACGAGCCCGACCAGCAAAAGUGCAUGGCAUGCGAAAGUACGAAGCCAGCGAAGAAGCCAGAACAGCAGCAGCAGCAGCAGCAGCAGCAACCUUUAACAAGCACUACGCAGCCUGCUCGCUCGUUCCAGGAACUGAUGGCCGAAUCCGCCGGCAAAUGGGUGUGUGACAUGUGCAUGAUCCGGAAUGAGCCCGACCAGCAAAAGUGCAUGGCGUGCGAAAGUGCAAAGCCGGCGAAGAAACCUGAAGAACAACAGCAGCAACCUCCCGCAAAACAUUCUUCGCAAGACAGUGAGCCACACACGUCGAUCGAAUGGAAAAAAAUGUUGGCGGCGGAUUCACCGUUCAGCAAGGUGCCGGAGCUGAAGGAUGGCUUCCAGUCGAUCGUCGAAAAGAUGAAGGCAAGCACGUGGGUGUGUGACACGUGCACUGCGCAGAACCCGAUAGAGCACGGCCGAUGUCUCUGCUGCGAACAGGACCGACCGGGCGGUGGUGGGGCCGGCAGUGCCCCUGGCAAGGCAAGCGAAGCCGCCGUGCCCGUUCCUAAAUUCACUUUCGGCAUGCCAUCGUUUGCACCAAACACCGCCAACUCCACGACAAUCGACACCCAGAAGGAGGUGAAGGCAGCGGGCCCGAUCACCUCCACCCCUUCGCGGACGGGCGGCUUCCUGUUCGGUGCCUUCAACGGGGUGGAUCGUGGCACUUCCAACAGUGUGGCGCCAGCGCCAGCACCAGCACCUGCUCCAGCUGCAGCACCAGUCCCAGCGGGCCUUUUUUCGUUCGGUGCACCGGCGAACAGCUCCCACCCUUGCCCACCGGCCGCGGCGGUAGUGCCGGAAGCGAGCAGCAGCAAACCGAGCUUUUCCUUCACGAACACUAGCACCACCGUGACUAGUGCCGCCCAGCCGUUUGUUUUCGGUGCUAGCCCUAAAGUUCCUUCCGCCGUCAGCUUCCAACCGUUGGCGAACAGUGGCAGCUCAACGGCGCAACAGCAACAGUUCGCGGCCAGCGUUACCGGAGACAGUAAUGCCGCUCCUACCAGCCUGUUCGGAUUGCCGUCAUCGACACCGGUCAACUUUAAUUUCACCACAACCAGUAAUUGGGCUGAGUCUAAUCCAGUAUUCCAAUUCGGCGGAAAAUCACAACCCAACCCAAGCGCGCAAAUAUCGGCGGGCCAAUCGCAUCAAAUCGCCAGGCGGAAGAUGAUUCGGGCCUCGCGGCGUUUGCAACCACGGUAAGCCAGCAAGCGACACUAGACACACCGGCACUCGAUGGCUGAAUCUAUGAGUGAAAGAGACAACCGACGAUGAGAGUGCGUGGGCGUGCGAUAUGGAGCUGGAUGAUAUUGAUUAGGACAUAAUUAUAAGGACAUUUGGAAGUACGUUGAGAAACCAGAAGCAAACCAGACAGACAGGGAAGCGUAGAGCAACAGGCGGAAGAGGUUUUGCAGCUAGUUCGAUUUGCUAGGACACUGACACCAGAGCCUCAAUCCCGCGAAAGGGCUGAUUUAAGAUCUUUUAGGAAGGGCCGCCAGUAACUAAAUACUAGUACCAGUCACCCAUAUAUCUGCGGCUAGGUGUGUCGGUCCUCUCUCGCGCGAUUAAGUUACCGCCGUGAGGUGAACGCAUUCCGCAGAAAUGCUACGAAAUACGUAGAAAAUGGGGUAGGGGGAUGCUAAUAAACAUGGUAUGGAAAAAAGUUCCAAUGUAUAGACGAUGCAUAGAUUACAAUAGCCGACUGGUCGUCAUCACAGUACCGUGGGUGCUGGAAAGAUCAGUUGUUAGGCUCUGGCGUCCUGUGUUAUGGCCACAGCAGGUGCAUCUGUCGAAAGAUAUCAAACUCUUUUUGUUUGGCGCAGUUUUGAAGUGAGCCAGCGAUAUAAACAAAUAUCAACAAGACGUCAUUAUUUGGCGCUUACGUUAGCCGGUGAAUGGGAAGACGCUUUUAUAUUAUCAGGAUUGAAACCAACAAGCGAAAAGGGAAACAAUAGGUAAACAGCGAAACUAAAGGAAACUGAAAGGAGCCAAGUGAAGGGAAGCGAAGCUGUGCUAUGGUGAAUGUUCUGUGGUGCAGGACACUGGAUGCGAAAGAGAGUUUGUUAACAAAACGAGUACGGGCUAGUAAAGUUGCUGUAUCAAAAUAUGUAGACUAGUAAGAAAUGUAAGGAACCGGUUAAAGUAUAGAAAGACAGAGAGAGGAGAAGAGUGCGCGAAAGAUGCGAAGAUAAAGGUAAGGAAGAGGUAGAUAGGGGCAGAACGGCAGGAGUGAGCCACAACAAAUAGAAACUGGACAGCUUACCGAAACAUUUUCACUUAUAUUUUAUAGUAUAUAUUGCAUUUCAUGCAACGGAGUUUGAGGUCUGAAACGUUCAUCAAAGAUUUUUCCUUUUACUUCAUUGUUUGGGGUUUUUUUUUUGUAAUUUUCAAAAUUGUUUGAAAAAAGAGAUUCGUUCAACAAAAAGUGAAAUAUAAUUUGAACCAUGAAUGAAAUGGAAUGAAAUUACAAAUUAUUAUCCCUAGGCUUCGGUAUUGUUAUAUUUGCGCAUGUUAAUAAAAAAAGAAAAAAGGAACCGA